CCUUAGAUUUAUUGUUUGUGCAUAAAAACUAUCACUACUUGGUCAGAGGUGUUCAGAAGAGUAAAUUAUUUCAUACCAGCGCUUUUAUUGAUCCCUUGUUGCCUCUUAAAAAAACCAAUGAAUUACUCAGUUUGCACCAUUAAGAAAAUGAGGCAUUGAGGACGCAUGUAGCUACCUUUGUUACCGCCAAAGCGAGAGCAUCAAGCGCGACUUGACAGAUCCUUGGGUCGACGCGCAAUGACGAUAGAAAAAGAGGUCAAAAAGUACAUUGAAGGGUGUAGAAAAAGGGGCUCACAGGCGAUACAGAGUAUUCAGAAGGUGUCAGUUCUCUACAGGCAAUGUCCCAACAACAACCUUUUCAUCAAAAAAAAUGAUACCCAUCUCUUCCUCUCAUAGCCAUGCCAGCAGAGAAGAAAGGAACCCUUGCUACUAUGCAACUUGGAGCGACAAGGCCAUAAAUACGAAUAUUGGCG